UUGGCGUUGGCAAUAUGGCGGAUCAAUAUGAGUUUCAAAACUUGACCUUUGCUGAAAUUAAAAAGCUAAAAGUAGCCGAUUUAAAAGCACGAUUAUCUAGUCUCGGUCUGCCUGUCUCAGGACUGAAAGCUGAUUUAGUUGCAAGAUUAGCAUCCUUUUUGGAAUCUAGAGCGUUGCAGGCGAAAUUACAAGCUAAAGACGAAGUAGAAUCUACAGAAGUCGAUGAUGGUGGUAGUGUAGAUCAGGGGGAACAAUCAGGGGUAACAGGGGUUGUUAAAAUAGAAGGAGAUAAACAGACCGCACAAAAUAUUGCCACCGACAUUGCUCCUGGACAGAUCUCAACAAUUGCAAGUCAUGCUGUUGGCCAGGAAGCUCUUGAGAAGAAAGUAGGUGAUGUUCCAAUAAUUGGAACAGAAGCUUUAGUUGAACCGGCUGUUAAAACUAGUGAGAACAUUAUUGAUGUGGAUAGUCAGAUGCAGCAAGCUGUCAUGCAGGUUGAUGUAACUGGUAAAGAUGAUGCUGAAGGAAACGAUGAAACAAAAGCUGAGGAAAUUCAGCAGGAAGUUAAAGCAGCUGAGAUACCAGAAGAAAUAGGAGUUGAAGUUGAGGCUGAUAAGGAUGUUUAUGCUCAGGCAGAUGAAGAAGGCAUUGAGGCUAAACCUGAUGAAAGUAAGGAAGAACUUGGAGCAAAACAGAUUGAUUUCAAAGAAAUAGAGGAAGGUAACCAAGAACUGGUACUGGAAGCUCAAAUACCUUGUGAAACGUCCGCAAUAUUCAAGCCAGAAAUUGAAAUCAUGGCUGACCAGGAAGAACACAAGGCGUCCAGAGAGUCAGAUAUUGGAGCAAAUAACCAAACAGAGGAUGCUUUCAAAGCACAGCAAUUUCAGAGUGUUGUAUCAGCAUUGGAUGAUCAUGAACCGGAUCAGUCAGAUAUUACUUCUUUGCAUGAAGGACUUACCCAUCCUCAAGAAAUUAGGAUUUCUGUCGAAGAGGUGGGAACUAAAAAUACUGAGGAAAAUGUGUCCCAUCAUUCAAUCCAGAGUGGUCUUCAAUCUGGGUGGAUGAUCAAAGAACCAGUAACCAGUGCCCCAGAAGAUGUAGAACAAGCGCUGAGUCCAUCAUCUGAGUUUUCAAAAGAGUUACCAUCCCUUGAACAGCCACUACCUACCUUACCACCACAUGAAGAACCCUCUCAACUCCAUCUCCCUUCUCACCUGGCUCAUGACCCCUCUGCUCACGAAACAGAACUUUCUAAAGAACCUACUCCUCAAGGACGUGUACCACAGGAUAAAACAUUGGUGAUUGAUACACCUGCAAUAGUGAAUUCACAAGAAGAUGAUACGGUGGAUCCUCUUGCGGAAGCAAAGGCUAAAGCUCGAAGCGUGGUGGAGAUGAGAGAAAAACGAUUGAACGAAGAGAAUCAAGUUGGAACAAGGGAGGAUGAUUCUGGAUAUGAUGUGGAUCAUUAUGAACAAGAAGGAACCCCAGCAACAGAAUCACGCCAGGAAAAAAAGAAGAAGAAGAAGAAAAAGAGAAAGAAGCGAACAAAUGAACAGCCUAAAGUUCAAGAUGAAGCUCUACCAGAUGAUGAAGGUGUUGAAGUGGAAUAUGUAGCAGAGACUUUAGAUUUCAAAGAUCCAGUGUAUGCACAAUUUGCAUCAAUCUUUGAGACAUUCAAGUUGAGUGAAAAACCAGAAGCUGCAAAAAAGGAUGAAUCCAAAGACAAAACAGAAGACCAAACAACAGAUGGUUCAAAAAAGGAUGAUGAAGACAAUGACAUGGAUACAGAUAGCGAGGAAGAAGAAACGCAAAAGAAGGAUGAGAAACCAGGGGAGAAAGUGGAGAAACUUUCAAAAAAGAAAUUAAAGUUGAAAAAUAGAAUGAGUGUUGCAGAGCUAAAACAGACCGUGCAUAGACCUGACGUGGUUGAAAUGCAUGAUGUAACUGCUCCAGAUCCUAAACUACUUGUUUAUCUCAAAGCAUGUAGGAAUACUGUUCCAGUUCCAAGACAUUGGUGUUUUAAAAGAAAAUUCCUACAGGGUAAACGAGGAAUAAUUAAGCCACCAUUCCAAUUACCAGAGUUCAUUCAGAAAACUGGAAUCAUGGAAAUGAGAGAAGCAUUACAGGAAAAGGAAGAUGCAAAAAAUAUGAAAGCUAAAAUGAGAGAAAAGAUUCGACCAAAAAUGGGGAAAAUUGACAUCGAUUAUCAGAAGCUUCACGAUGCGUUUUUCAAGUGGCAAACAAAACCAAAAAUGUCCAUCCACGGGGAUCUUUAUUACGAGGGGAAAGAGUUUGAAACAAAACUAAAAGAAAAGAAACCUGGCGAUCUUUCCGAAGAUCUCAGAACAGCGCUUGGUAUGCCAACAGGCCAGGGCAGUAACUUGGUUCCACCCCCCUGGUUGAUUGCGAUGCAAAGAUAUGGUCCACCCCCGUCCUAUCCUAACUUGAAAAUACCGGGACUAAACGCACCAAUACCCGAGGGUGCUUCAUUCGGGUAUCACGCCGGGGGGUGGGGAAAGCCUCCUGUGGACGAACAUGGUCGACCAUUGUACGGAGAUGUCUUUGGCGUGCAACAAACAGAUGCAAAUAUUAUCGAUGAUGAACAAAUCGACUCCAAUCUUUGGGGAGAACUCGAAUCUGAGUCGGAAGAAUCCGAAGAAUCCGAGGAGGAAUCAGAAGAAGAGGCACCAGAUCAAUCCGGACUUGUCACACCAGCCGAAACCGGUUUGGUGACGCCCAGUGGUUUAACUUCAAUCCCAGCUGGAAUGGAGACGCCUGACAUGAUUGAACUAAGAAAGAGAAAGAACAUCGAAGACUCCAUGGAGAGCGGUAGCGAACAACCAACGCUGUUUACAGUUUUACCUGAGAAGAGAGCUGGUGUUGGAGGAAUGAUGAUGGGCACUUCACAUGUCUAUGAUCUCGCUUCUGCAGCUGUGCCAACUGGAGCGAGAAAGGCGCCCGGAGGUUUAUCAGAAGGUGUUGAAGUCGCAUUGGAUCCCAGUGAACUGGAGCUGGACCCAGCAGCCAUGCAAGCCAGAUACGAUGAACAACUACGAGAGCAACAAAACACACAAAAAGAAGACUUCAGUGACAUGGUUGCUGAACACGCCGCCAGACAGCAAAAGAAACGCAAAAAGACAACAGAAAGCGGAAAGGCUGCCAAGAAAUACAAAGAAUUCAAGUUUUGAACUUCACAUAAAAUUUUCUGUCUAUAUCUCGUUAUUAUCAGUUUUUUAUUAUCAUGCAACGCUUUUAACAUUUGAUAGUUAUUUUAAGAUUUGAAUAAAUAAUCUCCAU